AGAGGGAGAAAAGGAGAGAGAGAGCGCGCGCGCGAGAGAGGGGGGAGUUUGAAGAAAGAGAUAUACUCCAUUUACUGAAGACAGAAGUGAUGCUAGUCUGAGCGUGACAUCAUACUUUAUGGAGACACAACAUUGGAAGAUGAAUCUCAGCCCCUUCUGAAGACUAGAAAAGGUUCUCUUCCUCGAUUGCUCGGUUUUUCUUCAUGAGGCUAUUUGUCAUCGUGAACGUCUUCACUGCUUCACGUGCUGCAGUUGACGUGAGACCUUUAAAUGGCUGGCCUGGUGUGUAUCAUGAUCUGCAGUGGAGAGUUCAGCUGUGCUGUGCACUGACUUCCAAUGGAAAAGCCAAUCAGAGCCUUAGUCACAUCAACAGCCCUCACCAGUAUCAGUGCCACAUCCAAAACUCCACAAACACCACAGAUGAUUCCAGUGUAUCUCAAGUUGUCUCUGAAAACAUCCGUUUGGACAUCUCUUGCCGGCUCGAAGAUGAACAAGCGAAUGUAAUUUGCCUUCUAAAACAUCAAAGAACAUCAGCUACAGACGCCAGUCACCUGAUUGUUAGCUUGUGGCGAGUAACACUGGAGUCGGACCCACUGACGAAUGAAACGAACAUCACUACUCAGGUGCAGUGUCCUGGUGAAGACGAGAUCACGUGCUUCUUUGUCCUCCAACCCAACGAUGUCUCUGUCUCGUUGUCUGUUAGUGGCUUUCUCGGCGGUCGUCCUUUACAGACACCCGAGAUGCGCAUCAGCACUGACCUUCUGCGGAAGCCAGAAGCACCAUUUUAUCUACGUUAUAAUGUAACUACUGAGGGUGAAGUGAUGAUCGCCUGGAAUGACUCACAAAAUAAUAAACUCCCACUUUACUAUGAGCUCCGUUAUUCACCCAACACUUCCCUCACACACUGGGAGGUGCUUAAUGUCCAGCAUCCGUGGGUGUCUUUGAGUGAGCUCACUUCCGGAGUCAGAUAUACGGUUCAGGUACGCUGCAAGAGCCUCCAUCACCUUCACAACUGGAGCGAGUGGAGCAACUGGAGUCAGCCUUUCUUCCUCACGCUUGACGUGAGUUACAUCCCUGCUGAAGUGUUCACCAGGCCUGGAGCAGAAGUAACAGUGUAUGGUGUGGUUCACAACCACAGCCGGACAGCCAGUAAGGCUGUUUGGAUGCUGAAUGGCCUGGUGCUUCCAGAAAGCCAGUACCAGACGAUUAACGAAAGAGUCAGCGCAGUCACUAUCAGGUCGAAAGAGCCUGGCUUUGAUACGCUUCUGUGCUGUUACCCGUUUGAACAGAGCUAUAAGUGCAGCAUUGCCUACACCAAGGUCUAUGUAGAAGGAUUCUUUGAUGCAAAUAUAACCUGUACAACCGAGCAGCAUUCCAGUGUCGAUACAAUGACCUGUAAAUGGAAUAAGAGUGCGUGGGCUGUGAUACGCUUCCUGUACAGACGUUAUCGGCGAACGUGUGACGAGAUACAAUAUGAAGAAGGUACCCUGACUCAAGCACAAGGAGAUCCCAUGGUUGAUGUGGAGGAAUGCACAGCUGGAGCUGGAGAUUAUUAUCAGUGCACCCUGCAAGACCUAAGCCUGAUCUCCUGCUAUAAGCUAUGGCUAGUGGUAGAGGACGGAUAUAACAAAGUGAGGUCACUUCCUGUCUUUGUGUCACCUAUAGACUGUGUGAAACCGUCUCCACCCUCAGAACUGAAAGCAGUCACUUUACCCAACAAGACACUAAGUGCAACCUGGAAGCGUCCUUACCUGCCUGCUUAUGAUCUGCAAUAUGAGCUACGCUAUGUAUCUAUGCAUGGCAUGGUAGAUUUAAAGUGGAAGGUGUUUGGCUCUCUCCUAGAGUCACGGGCAACAUUUACGGUACUGGAUCCGUGCAUACAGUACCAGGUUCAGGUGCGUUGCCGAAGACUUAACGGCCCGGGUUACUGGAGCGACUGGAGUUAUACUCAUGCGUCCUCGGUUUAUAACGUUAAAGCACCAGAGAUGGGGCCAGACUUCUGGCGAAUUAUACAAGAGACUCCUGAACCUUACACAAAUGUUACUCUGCUUUUUAAGCCACUUCCAGAAGUGGAAGCAGCCAUCUGUGUGCAGGGACUCGUAGUUGUGCACCAGACUUCAGGGGGCAACGUGUGGUCAGAUGACAUCAUUGCCCCAAGCUCAUUUUACACAUUCCAAUGGAGAGAGGAAGUCCAUAGCAUCACAGUCAUGUCUCGUAAUUCUUUAGGUUCCUCAGCCGAGAAUAGUAACAUGACUCUGGUGCGUCAGCCAAAACGACAGUGUGUGCGUUGGUUCCACGUCACCGCUAAUGCAUCGUGUGUGUUCCUGUCCUGGAGCCUGUUGAGUGAGCAGCCGUCACUCCUUUCAUUCGUCCUUGAGUGGCAGGAGCAGAGCGGUGUCUCUAGCCAGGGCUGGGCGUCAGAUGGAAGAGUAGAGUGGCUCAGAGUCGCUUCAACCGCCAGGGACCUUCAGCUUUGCCGGCCUUUUUACGGCACAGAGGAGUUUAAACUGUACCCUGUGUUUGUGGAUGGUGAAGGGGAGGCAGUGAGAUGCACAGCUGUGCGAAGUGACCCUGCAGCCUACAUGCUUCUCAUGAUCAUCGCCUUCCUCUUUGUCGUCCUGUUUGUCACCUUGAUCAUCUCGCAAAACCAAUUGAAAAAGCUGAUGUGGAGGGACGUCCCAAAUCCAAACAACUGCUCUUGGGCCAAGGGGAUAGAUUUCAAAAAGUUGGAUGGCAACCUAUUCAGUCAUCAUGAAGGCCUCACUGCUUGUCCGCUUCUUCCGACUUCUGAAAAUGUGUGUGAGGUGGAAAUUGUUGAGAAACUGUUUGUUCUGGAAGAUGACCAGGAAGAGAAGGCACUCCUUCACCGUUCAGUCGAUACCGAAGCCAAAAGCAACAAUCUCUCAUCCAUAGAAGGAUCAUUAGAUCCUCUUUCUCUCGAUACGUCCACCGUAUCUGCAAGCCCUGACACGUCAGGUCAGUCCUCUGUAAGGUACUCCACUAUCCUGGUGUUUGAUCAGCCUGUCCUUCAGAGGAAGCAGCAGGAGAGUCUGAGCAGCUCCAGCGACGAAGGCAACUUCUCUGCCAAUAACUCGGACAUCUCCGGCUCCUUCCCUGGAGGCCUCUGCGAGCUGGAACGCCAAUCCUCUUCUGAUGCCAUCAAUCCACGUAACUCUUGCUCCUACAACUCAGUGGAGGAGUUUUCUGAAACGUCAGAACAAGAGGAUGAAGCUUCAGAGAGCAUACAAGUGUCCAAAGAGCUCUACUACAUAGGAAUGAAUGAAGAGGAAGAAGAAGAUGAGCUGGAGGAGAAGUUUAAGGAGGACGAUGCAACAAAGGAGCAGAUUUCAGAUUCCGGUGAUUCAAACGUUCCUCUCUAUUUGCCCCAAUUCCAGACUGCAGCCAUUAAACUCCUGAGAGAGCCUGCAGGCAACAGCACCAUCCAGCUGUGAUCUGAAGUAUCAGCUCUACCUUUAGGAAACUGGCGAUAUGGUGGGUACAGUUUCUGAAACAGAACCGGUGGUAUGUCACGUUUCUGUGAUGCAUUCAUGUUAUUUCUCUUUUACCUUACAAUAAGAGAAAGGAAAAUGCUAGAAUUGCUUUGGCAUUGUGCCAAGAUGAAACAUUUCCUGUUAUCAGAACACAGUCGACUGGUUAAAUGUCAUCCUGUUAUCGCUACAACUUGCUGCUUUACAUCCAAGUCACAGGGGGUGUUUGAGAAAGGAAAUAAAAUUUUGAAGUGCUUGC